GGGGGCACCCCAGGGCCGGGGCGCAGCCACGUCCCCCCAGGGGGCACCCCAGGGCCGGGGGCGCAGCCACGUCCCCCCAGGGGGCACCCCAGGGCCGGGGGCGCUGGUCCUGGGCGAGCCCUGGGCUGUGGCCGUGAGGCAGGAGGGUGGGACUGGCCAGGGGAGGGGGCUGAUGGAGCCAGCGGCUUUGUGACCUCACAGCCGGGCCCCAUGUCCAGCUGGGGCCCCAGGCCUGGGCUCUCCGGGCAGGGCCAGUGCAGCCCCCACGCCGGCCCCUGAACAUGGCGGACGGUGGGGCCUCGGCGCUGGAGAUCGGAGAGGCCGAUACCAACUGGGCACUGAUCAAAGACAAGGUGGUGGAGGAGUGCUUUGGCCCCGCCGUGGUGCCCGUGCCCUUCCUGGAGGACGCCGCGGCCUACGACCUGCUGAGCGUGCUGGUGAGGAGGCCGGGCCGGGCGGCACGCCUGCUGGGGCGGGCCCGGCCCCUGGUGCCGGUGGGGGGGCUGCCACAGCUGGCAGAGCGGGGGGUGGAGCCGGCGGAGCUGGCGUGCUGCACGCAGGAAUACAGCGCCCGGGCGCGGGGCGAGGCGCGCUACGAGGAGACGCGGCUGGUGGAGGGCGCCCCUUGCCACAUCCGCCUGCAGCUGGCCAAUGUGCACAAGAAGGUCGCCUUCCUGGCCCUGCGCCCCGGCCAGGUGGCCCUGCGCCCCGACCUGCCCUGGCUCCGGGGCCUGCGCAGCCUCUACCUCCUGCACGAGGUCUUCUGCUGCUCCGGCCUGGUGCUGGCCGUCACCCGGGGGCAGGCCCAGCGCGCCCUGCACCUGCCGGGGCCCUGCCCCGUCGCCUUCGGCUGCCUCAAGUUCGGCCUCGGCCCCCACGGCCUCCUCGGGCCCCAGAAGCCCGUGGGCCCCGCGCUGCCCGCCAGGGUGGCCUGGCUCAAGCUGGCGUCGCUGGAGCCCCCGGUGCCUCCCACCAACAGCAGCCCCAAGGGCCAGAGCCCCUUCCACCGGGCCUCCAGGAGAGCGAAGUGGCCGUUCACCAGGAGCCGCGCCCAGCCAGCCGCCCCCAGCCGCGGGGACCCGGACCGGCACGCCAUGUCCCUGCCACUGCUGCAGAGCCUGAGCACCGAGUCCGAGAGCGACGGCUGAACCGGGCCCCGACCCGCCAUGCAACACGGCAUCUGCACUGAACCCAGCUGAGCGUCUGAGUCUCCUGGGGGGCUCCUGGCCAGGGCAGGGCUCAGGCCAGGGCAGGACCCAAGGCACAGCAGGGCCUAGGGCAGGGCAGGACUCAGGGCAGGGUGGGACCCAGCUCAGGGCUGGGCAGGACCCAGGGCACGGCAGGGCAGGACCCAAGGCAGGGCAGGGCUGAGAUCAGGGCUUAGGGCAGGGCAGGGCUGGGCAGGACCCAUGACACGGCAGGGCAGGGCCCAAGGCAGGGCAGGGCCCAAGGCAGGGCAGGGCCGAGAUCAGGGCUCAGGGCAGGGCAGG